AUGGCUAUGAGAAACUCCAGCACCCUGACCUCCUUCUCCAUCCAGGCCAUUCUGAACAAGAAGGAGGAUCGCGGGGCUUCCUACCCCAGGCUGGGCCGCCUGCUCCCCGCCAGCAGCAGCCCCACCACCCCCGCCUGCUGCUGGAGGCUGUUCGGGGAGGUGGAGGCAGAAGGACUGGGAGCUCACGGAGGGCUGCCAGGAAGGGAACAGGCUGGAUGGGACUCGGACUCAGCGCUCAGUGAAGAGGGGGACCCGGGAAGGCCGGUGGAGGGAAGCCUGAGGAUGGAGGGAUCAGGGAUUAUUGCCCACAUCUGGGAGCAGCGUUCUUUCCUCAAGUUCUUUGAGGAAAGAAUAGUUGUAUUCUCACCAGAAGUGUCUGUGGAGGAUGAGGUUGUAGAUCCCAGCCCCCCAGAUGAGGACCCCAAGUGUGACCAGCUCCUUCUGGAGGCUCCCAAGCAGCGGAAGAAGCGCUCCCGGGCCGCCUUCUCUCAUGCACAGGUCUUUGAGUUGGAGAGACGCUUUAACCACCAGCGUUACCUGUCGGGGCCAGAACGGGCCGACCUGGCCGCCUCCCUCAAGCUGACAGAAACCCAAGUGAAGAUCUGGUUCCAGAACCGCCGCUACAAGACCAAGCGCCGGCAGAUGGCUGCAGAUAUGAUGGCCACGGCCCCGGCAGCCAAGAAAGUGGCAGUCAAGGUCCUGGUGAGGGACGAUCAAAGACAGUAUCAGCCUGGAGAGGUGCUGCGGCCGUCACUGGUUCCAUUACAGCCCCCUUACUAUUACCCCUACUAUUGUGCCCUGCCUGGAUGGACGCUAUCGGCAGCGGCUGCUGCCGCAGCAGCGGCUGCCGCCUGCUCGGGAGGGACGCCUUAAGCCUAGCCAGCAAUUAUUAGUUAUCACUGUCCAAAAUCAGGGGAGCUGGGGCUA